GACAUCCUGCUGAUCAACCUGAUCAUCGAGCACAUGAUCUGUGACUCAGACCCAGAGCUGGGCGGCGCCGUGCAGCUGAUGGGUCUGCUACGCACCCUGGUGGAUCCCGAAAACAUGAUGGCCACCGCCAAUGUGAGUAGAGCGGCUCGCUUCUUACCUCUGACCUUUCCUUACCCCCUUUCACCCUGAGAACAUGCUGGUCAUUGCCCUAUCACCCCCCCCCCCGAGAGAGUGGCUGGAAUUCGAAUCGACCCUUAGCUCCUAGUCCUUGGGCAGGAUUUAAAACCCACCAGGCAUACUUCCUAGAGGCUCCGCGACCGUUUUGUGACUUCACUCGGCACCGCACAGAGAUUUCGCUGCAUGCCAUAAUUUGCAACUAAGGAGUUCACCCGGUGGAGUGUAAACCCAGCCCGACUUACUCCCUAGGCACUUCCUUUAGGUCUUCUGUGUUUUGGUGAAACCCUUUUCACUUGCAGUGUUUGCAUCUCAUGGUUUGACUCUCCUCCUCCUGCAGAAAACAGAGAAGACAGAGUUCCUGAGCUUCUUCUACAAGCACUGCAUGCACGUCCUCUCUGCUCCACUACUGGCCAACACCACGGAUGACAAACCCAGCAAAGGUGUGUGUGUGUGCAAAGAGAAACAAUGUUUUACCUGCACCUAUCCAAAUAAACCAUAAAUACAGUAUAAGAUGAGCCACUGCAUAUGUGUGUGAGUGCCCUGUGAUUGUCAUGACUGACGCAUUCACUCAAAGUUGUAUAUACAGAAUCUGAUGCGACCAGCUACAAUUUAGCGUUCUGUCACAUGCACGCACACCCGAGAUGAGUCACUUUAUGUCAGUAUGUGUGUGUGAAUGCUCUGAGUGAAUGAAUGACCUCUUAAACAUGUAUACACACACACCAUAUGAGCCACUGUAUGUGUGUGAGUGCUUCAUGAUUGUUAUGAACACACCGUUCAUCCCCUCCCUCCCUCCCUGUAUCCCCUCCAGAUGACUUCCAGACAUCUCAGCUGCUGGCGCUGAUCCUGGAGCUGCUGACGUUCUGUGUGGAGCACCACACCUACCACAUCAAGAACUACAUCAUCAACAAGGACAUCCUCCGUAGGGUCCUGGUGCUAACCGCCUCACAGCACGCCUUCCUGGCCCUCUGUGAGUCCUCUAUGCACACACACCAUAUAGUACCGUAACACACAACGUAACGUUCAGCUUGCCAAAAACCUGCCCCAUCACCUUAUCUACAUUGUCACGAUAGCCUCACCAAGCCUGUGUUGUAUUUAGCCAACACUAUACUCUUUAUGCGUCACCACCCCCACUCUAGACCUUUAAAACCCCCCUCACCUGUCCUUUUCUCUCUGAUUCCCCGACGCACUAUUGGAAAAUCACACACACGCACUUGCUGAGUCUCUCUCUGUGCUGACAGUCAGGAGAAAACUGUAAUGUCUGCACACUGUAUGUCUGCACACUGUUUACGAGUCGGUCGGAACAUUGUAUCUGUAUCAACUUUAUCAAAAGAUCACCAUGAAAAGUUGAAUGUGUGUAAAACUCUGCUUUCAUUGAUGCGCACUCAUCCCCCCCUCUCCUCCAGGCGCGUUGCGCUUCAUGCGGAGGAUCAUCGGGCUGAAGGACGAGUUCUACAACCGCUACAUCAUGAAGAACUUCCUGUUUGAGCCAGUGGUCAAGGCCUUCCUCAACAACGGCGCCCGCUACAACCUCAUGAAUUCGGCCAUCAUUGAGAUGUUCGAAUAUGUCCGCGUGGUGGGUACCCCCCACCCACCCCUAACGGGCCCACAUUCGACAAUAUCACACCUUGCUUAGACAGAACAAAACCUAAGCUGAGCAAGAAUGCGAUUAUCAGUGUUGUGACAAGCGAGAGUGAAGUCAACCGCCAAGACAUGACGCAGGGCAUUGUAUUAAACAAGACUGGUACGGUCUUCCCCUCCCUUUUUCUCUCUCUCCCCUCCCUCCCUCCCUCUCUCUCUCUUUGCCCUUCCUCCCUCCCCCAUUUUUCUCCUUCCCUCCCUUACUUUCCUCCUCUAUACACUACCAUUCUCCCCAGGAGGAUGUGAAGUCCCUGACGGCUCACAUAGUGGAGAACUACUGGAAGGCCCUGGAGGACGUGGACUACGUGCAAACCUUUAAAGGACUGAAGCUGCGCUAUGAACAGCAGAGGGAGAGGCAGGACAACCCCAAACUGGACAGGUAAUAUAUCGUUUUUGUGUUUAUUUAUUGUCUUGUGUCCAUUGUUUUGACUAUGUGCUGCAAAAGGAAUUGCACCUCUGGGAUAAUAAAGACUACUAUUCUACUCUAAGACUUGGGGGGGGGGGGACCGGAGGGCUAGGGAGAGGAUUGGAUUGAUGAUUGAAUGGACAGAUGAAAUACAAAUUCUGCUAGUAAUGUUUGGGGUUGGUAAUGGGCAUUCUAGCUGUGGUUGUGUUUGGAAAUGGCUGCCAUUAGCUACAGGAUGAGUAGGUAGUUGUCUUUGGCUUUAAAGGAAUCCAAUUGGCUAGGGCUGCUGUCUUUUGGUUCUACUCAAGCUGAUUGGCCUUAUGAAUGAUUGUUUAUUUUUUACAUUUGGAAUCCACUGGUUUCUAUCAAUUUGCUAUCUCUUAUUUAUCUGUAACUCAACUCUACGGUCAUGCUCAAGUUUAACUGUUUGCCAACUCCCCUUACACAGCAUGCGGUCGAUCCUGAGGAACCACCGGUUCCGGCGAGAUGCGCGGACGCUGGACGAUGACGAGGAGAUGUGGUUCAACGCGGACGAGGACGAGCUGGAGGAGUGCGAGGCGGUUGUGCCCCCCUCGGACAAGACCACCAAGGCGAGCGACGGCGAGAAUGAAGACCUCAUGGACCCCAUCAGCAAGUUCAUGGAAAGGAAGAAACGUAGGUCACAGGGAAAGAAUGCAUGAAUUACUGACAGAACUGGGUCAAAUACAUAUGUGAAGUUUUUUUAGGGGAGUUUAGGUGUGCUUGUUUUUGUUUGGAAUUUGUACUUUUUGGAUUAUUCAAUUCGUUCCGUUGCUCAUGGGAAAUUAAAUUAAGGGCAGCUCAUGCAUUUGAAGGUUGCUGAUAUACUCUGUACUGAGAACAAAAAAACUGUAAAACUGACAGCCCACAACUGUCUAUAUCUCGGUCUUUCUGCCCCACAGUGAAAGACUCGGAUGACAAGGAAGUCCUGGGCAAGUCCAGUAGUCUGUCAGGCCGCCAGAGCCCCAGCUUCAAGCUCUCCUUCUCCAGCUCCACCACCAAGACCAGCCUGUCCAGCCCGCCCGGCUCGCCGGGGUCAGGGGCCAAGGGCUCGCCCCCGACAGCAGCCACAGUCACCACAAAGGUGGGUAGUAGGACCCGACUCGUCUCCACGGGAACUGGUUUGUGUUCAUUAGGGCACGUAACAACAGAAAACAUUUCAAAUGAAAAUGUACAUUUCUUAUUGGACAAGUCAAGGUAGUCCAUCACAAUUUGUCUGUUUUCUUCAUUCUGUGCCUAAGAAUGGGAUGAUUGUUUGGGGGUCGGAGUUGGUUUAGUAGUUUAGGUCUUACAAAAAGACAGGGAAGUUAACCCAAAGUAUAAAAUUGACAUGUUUUGUUUCCUUACCUUGAAAUCAGUCUGGAGAAGGACAGACUGCAAUCCACACUUUGGGUUUGUUUUACCGAAGCACUGCUAACAACCAUUAACUUUUAUCAAUUGCAAAUGAAAAACCAGUAGAAGUCAAUUUACCCCAAUUGCAAGCUCCCUCCAAACUUGAGACAUCUGUGGCAUUUUGUUGUGUGACAAAACUGCACAUUUUAGAGUGGCCUUUUAUUGUCCCCAGCACAAGGUGCACCUGUGUGAUAAUCAGCUUCUUGAUAUGCCACACCUGUCAGGUGGAUGGAUUGUCUUGGCAAAGCGUUUGUGGCCUACCACUUCGUGGCUGAGCCGUUGCUCCUAGAUGUUUCCACUUCACGUGGUCCUCUGUAGCUCAGCUGGUAGAGCACGGCGCUUGUAACGCUAAGGUAGUGGGUUCGAUCCCCGGGACCACCCAUACACAAAAAAAUGUAUGCACGCAUGACUGUAAGUCGCUUUGGAUAAAAGCGUCUGCUAAAUGGCAUAUUAUUAUUAUUAUUAUAUUAUUAUAUUAUUACAAUAACAGCACUUACAGUUGACCGGGGCAGCUCUAGCAGGGCAGAAAUUUUACGAACUGACUUGUUGGAAAGGUGGCAUCCUAUGACGUUGCCACGUUGAAAGUCACUGAGCUCUUCAGUAAGGCCAUUCUACUGCCAAUGUUUAGCUAUGGAGAUUGCAUGGCUGUGUGCUCGAAUUUAUACACCUGUCAGCAAGGGGUGUGGCUGAAAUAGCCGAAUCCACUAAUUUGAAGGGGUGUCAACAUACUUUUUAAAAUAAUGUGUACCACGUUUAAGGGCUGUUCUUAUGCACGACGCAACAAAAGUAUGUCCACAUACUUUUGUAUAUACAGUGCAUUCAGAAAUAAUUCAGACCCCUUGACUUUUUCCACAUUUGUUACGUUACAGCCUUAUUCUAAAAUUGAUUAAAUAAAUACAAAUGAUAAUCAAUCUACACACAAUACCCCAUAAUGACAAAGCAAAAACAGGUUUUUAAAAUGUUUUGCAAAUGUAUUACAAAUAAAUAACAUACCUUAUUUACAUAAGCAUUCAGACCAUUUGCUAAGAGACUCAAAAUUGAGCUCAGGUGCAUCCUGUUUCCAUUGAUUAUCCUUGAGAUGUUUGUACAACUUGAUUGGAGUCCACCUGUGGAAAUUCAAUUGAUUGGACAUGAUUUGGAAAGGCACACACCUGUCUUUAUUAGGUCCCACAGUUGACAGUUCAUGUCAGAGCACUGCAGCACUCCACCAAUCAGGCCUUUAUGGUAGAGACCGAAGCCACUCCUCCGUAAAAGGCACGACAGCCCGCUUGGAGUUUGCCAAAAGGCACCUAAAGUCUCUCAGACCAUGAGAAACAAUAUUCUCUGGUCUGAUGAAAACAAGAUUCAACUAUUUUGCCUGAAUGCCAAGCGUCACGUUUGGAGGAAAACUUGCACCAUCCCUACGGUGAAGCAUGGUGGGGGCAGCAUUAUGCUGUGGGGAUGUUUUUCAGUGGCAGUGACUGGGAGACUAGUCAGGAACGAGGCAAAGAUGAACGGAGCAAAGUACAGAGAGAUCCUUGAUGAAAACCUGCUCUGGAGCGCUCAGGACCUCAGACUGUGGCGAAGGUUCACCUUUCAACAGGACAAUGACCCUAAGCACACAGCCAAGACAACGCAGGAGUGGUUUCGGGACAAGUCUCUGAAUGUCCUUGAGUGGCCCAGCCAGAGCCCGGACUUGAACUCGAUCGAAUAUCUCUGGAGAGACCUGAAAAUAGCUGUGCAGCAAAGCUCCCCAUCCAACCUAACAGAGCUUGAGAGGAUCUGCAGAGAAGAAUGGGAGAAACUCCCCAAAUACAGCUGUGCCAAGCUUUUAGCGUCAUACCCAAGAAGACUCGAGGCUGUAAUCGCUGCUAAAGGUGCUUCGACAAAGUACUGAGUAAAGGGUCUGAAUACUUAUGUAAAUGUUAUAUUUCAGUGUGUUCUAUUUAAUAAAUUAGCAAACAAUUUGGAAAAACCUAUUUUUGCUUUGUCAUAAUGGGGUAGUGUGUGUAGAUUGAUGAGGGGGAAAAAAACUUUUUUAAAUCAAUUUUAGAAUAAGGCCUGUAACCUAACAAAAUGUGUAAAAAGUCAAGGGGUCUGAAUACUUUCCGAAGGCAUUGUACGUCCCAUUUCCAUAAUGUUUAACUCUGAGAUUCAUAUCUCUGUUGUCCUAUUGCAUAUGGGGGGAUGCAGGUAUAGGUAAGAGAGCUGUACUUACGUCGUCGUUCUGCUGGGACUCCUGCAUGAUAAACUCUCGUACCAUAGAGGGGUUGUACUCCACCAGAUAGGAGAAGAUAUCGGUGGCUGCGCCACGCACCUGCACAUCAUCCAUCCCCUGAUGGCACGCGCACUCACACAACAUUCACGACAGUCACAGAAGACAAUGGAAUCGAAUAUGAAGGAUCAGAACAGAGUAGAAUAACACUGUAAAAGACAGCUAAGAAAUACAAAGCAGUCUGAAUUUAUGAGUAUAAUAUUCCAUCAAUGUAGAUCUGAAAGAACUGUGUAGGUAAUAGGUAUAAGCAAUAUGGUCCACCUUGCCCUCAAAUUGACGAGGUGGAAUUUACACAAGUGCCUAGGGGUUAUGAGGUAGGGGCUAGGGCUUGUGUGUGUGGGCACUCACCAGUAUAACCUCUAGUGCAGGGAGAAUGCCCAUGUUCGACAGAGUCUUGAAGAAGGUGUCUCUGUUUUGAGGUUGUAACGUUUGUGAGAAGGCGCAGAACUCCUUAAGGAAGUUUACCUGUGGGGAAAACAAUGCUUUGUGUUAGCCAAUGACUAACUAACUAGGACUAGCCUAAAAUGCUGACUAGACCGGGCGCGUGCGUCCGCCAUCGUUCGCAUGUUGAUUUUGUCCACCCACACCAGACGCAAUCAGGACACAUUUUAGAAUAAGGCUGUAACGUAACAAAAUGCGUAAAAAGUUUAGGGUUCUGAAUACUUUCCAAAUGCACUGUAUAGUGUUUGUGUAUAUAUACAGUACCUUCAGAAAGUAUGUACACCCCUUGACUUUUUCCACAUUAUGUUGUUACAGCCUGAAUUUAAAAUUGAUUAAAUUUAGAUUUUGUCACUGGCCUACACACAACACCCCAUAAUGUCAAAGUAGAAUUCUUACAAAUUAAUAAAAAAUUUAAAGCGGAAAUGUCUUGAGUCAAUAAGUAUUCAAAAUCUUUUGUUAUGGCAAGCCUAAAUAAGUUCAGGAGUAAACAUUUAAAUAAAUGCUUAAGAAGUCACAUAAUAAGUGGCAUGAACUCACUCUGUGUACAAUAAUAGUUUUUAAAAAAUGUUUAUGACCUCAUAUCUGUACCCCACACAUACAAUUAUCUGUAAGGUCCCUAAUUCGAGCAGUGAAUUUCAAACACUGAUUCAACCACAAAGACCAGGGAGGUUUUCCAAUGCCUCACAAAGAAGGGCACCUAUUGGUAGAUAGGUAAAAAAUAUAAAAAAGUAGACAAUUAAUAUCCUUUUGAGCAUGGGCAAGUUAUGAAUUACACUUUGGAUGGUGUAUCAAUACAACUAGUCACUACAAAGAAACAGGCGUCCUUCCUAACUCCGUUGCCGGAGAGGAAGGAAACCGCUCAGAGAUUUCACCAUGAGACCCAUGGUGACUUUAAAACAGUUACAGCGUUUAAUGGCUGUGAUAGGAGAAAACUGAGGAUGGAUCAACAUUGUAGUUACUCCACAAUACUAACCUAAAUGACAGAGUGAAAAGAAGGAGGCCUGUACAGAAGAAAAAUAUUCCAAAACAUGCAUCCUGUUAACAAUAAGGCCCUAAAGUAAAACUGCAAAACAUUUGGCAAAGAAAUUAGCUUUAUGUCCUGAAUACAAAGCGGUAUGUUUGGGGCAAGUCCAACACAUCACUGAGUACCUUUCAAGUAUAUUGGUGUCUGCAUCAUGUUAUGGGUAUGCUUGUCAUCGGCAAGAACUAGGGAGUUUCUGGGAUAGAAAUUAACGGAAUAGAGCUAAGCACAGGUUAAAUCCUAGAGGAAUCCUGGUUCAGUCUGCUUUCCAACAGACACUGGGAAACAAAUUCACCUUUCAGCAGGACAAUAACCUAAAACACAAGGCCAAAUAUACACUGGAGUUGCUUACCAUGACAACAUUGAAUGUUCCUGAGUGGCCUUGUUACAGAUUUGACUUGAAAAUCUAUGGCACGACUUGGACAUUUUGAUUUCAGGCUGUAACACAACAAAAUGUUGAAUUAAUCAAUGGGUAUGAAUACUUUUCUGAAGGCACUGUGUGUAUAUACAGUAUAGAGUGUUUUUUUGUUUUUUUUUUGCACUGUUCCGAAGGAUUUCAAUGGCUGAAAAAAGUCCUCUUAAGGGGCUGAUUCUGAUGGGAAUCAGAUAUCAGUUUGGGGGCCCCAAGAUAGUAGCUUGCAUGCCUGAUGUGGCCCCCAUGCCUAAGUUUGAGACUGCUGUUAUGGUAAAGAGUUAAGUAGUUAUUUUCUGUAUUUAAAAAUAAAUUAAAAUCAAGAUCAGAUCCGAAUACAUGAAUGACCCCGAUUUCCCCCCCCCCCCCCCCCCCUUCUCUCUCUCGCUCUCUCUCAGGUGGGACUGGUGGACUACCCUGAUGACGACGAAGAAGAUGAAGAGGAUGUGGGCGGCGAGAGUAAAGAGGAGACUCCGCCCCUGUCCAAGAAGUCCAAGCUGAGCUCCUAA